AUGUCCACUGAUACUAAGGAGGUCGUAUGUGACGAUUGCCACACCGUAUUCCAUAUUCGAACGGCAAGAUCUUACUCGGGGUCCAGUUUGGGAGGCUCCGUUUCGACGCUAAAGACUCCUCGGAUCAAGGUAAUUGGAACGGGAGGAACUAUUGCUUCGAAGGGAGAGAGCGGAUCGCAGACAGCUGGAUACCAUGUAGACUUGACUAUUGAGGAUUUGUUGAGCUCUAUUCCGGAUUUGUCGAACGUAUGUGAAUUGGAAUACGAACAAAUCCUGAAUGUCGACUCAAAGGAGUUUGGCGAGAAGGAGUUACUGAUGUUGCACGAAGCUGUUAGUCGAAGCAUACGUGACGACAGUUUUGAUGGCGUAGUCAUCACCCAUGGUACAGACACCAUGGAGGAGACUGCAUUCUUGCUGCAAUUGACAGUUAACACAUCCAAACCUAUUGUAAUGGCUGGAUCAAUGAGGCCUUCCACCGCCAUCUCCGCAGAUGGACCUAUGAACUUAUACCAAGCAAUAUGUGUUGCAUGCAAUAAAGAGAGCUGGAACAGAGGAGUGCUCAUAGCGUUGAACGAUCAGAUUGGAUCGGGAUUCUACAUCACCAAGUCCAACGCCAACUCUCUAGAUACAUUCAAGAGUGUGAUUCAAGGAUACUUGGGCAACAUAGUCAACAACGAAAUCCACUAUUUCUUCCCUGCGUCGAAGCCAACUGGUAUACAGUACUUUGAGCUUGCUCCGUUUCCGAAAGUCAUAGUUCUCUACGCCCAUCAGGGGUUUGACCCUCAAAUCGUGCGUCUCUGUGCAUCACAACUAAAUGUUCGAGGCGUGGUUUUUGCAACAAUGGGGGCUGGGUCUUUGAGCAAAGAGACAAAUAUAGAGUUGUACAAGGCCUGGAAGGAGUUUGGUACGCCAAUAGUUUUUUCCAAAAGGUCAAUGGACGGAAUGGUUCCCAUCGCCAAUUUACCGAGGGAGCUUGAGAUUGAAGGCAAGACGGUGCAGUUUGACGGAUGUAUGGCUAGCGGAUACCUGAACCCCCAGAAGAGCCGAAUUCUAUUACAACUGUGCCUCGGUGCCUCAAUGAAGGACCGACAGAUUGCAGAUAUCUUCAAAACGCUUUCGUUCGGAGGCUAG